AUGGACUUUGGUAUUGUCGACGCGGGUGUUCAAAUUGCAGAAGAUGCCGACGAUUUCGGUAAUCUAGGCAAAACACAUCGCCUGAAGAAAGAAAUAAGGGAGAAAACCAGCAAGACACUUCGGGGCCGUCCGGCCUACACACUUUUCUUGCACAUUUAUCAGCUUGUCCUUUGGAAACAAUGUCAUGCCUUGGUUCAUGAUCAUGGUUUCCCAGAGGAACUUGAGGUUGUUGUUCGCGAUCUCUGGGCUCUUCGUCUGCAGGAUUUCGAAAUGAGGCUCACUGAUUCGGCUGAAGAUGACGAUGAUGACACCGAAUCUGAGCUGUUCAGCUCACAGCCUGCGGGAAAAGAUGGAUCCCGUGAUGGAUUUAGACCAAACUCGAGGUAUCUCGAAUGGCCUCGUCUGAUCGAUUCUGUUGCUAUGUGUUAUCUCGCAGCGUUCUUAAUGCGGCUUCCUGUCAGUGUCAUUGAUUUUCAUGGCAUGAUACUGCGGCAGGAGAUCCCCUACGCCCGGGUCCUGGCAACCAUCCCUCGGGAUAUGAGGGAUAGGCUUCCGCCGGAGCUGACCGCGAUACUUGAAGUCAAUACAAUACCCAAUGCCGAGCGGUUCCACCGUGGCGUUCUGGCGAUAGUGCUGUUCUAUCAGCGCCGCUUUGAAUUGGAGCUUCCUCCAUUAAAUUCGCCCAUGGUUCUUUUUCGUCACAUUAAGAGAUUAGCUUUGCCAAUUGAGGUAUAUGAUGCAACUAAGAUCCUGCAAGAUCUACUGGGCUUCACAUUCCAGUAUCCGAAAACAACUUCAUAUAAUGGCCGAAAAACGGCACUUCUGCUUCCCGACUUGCAAUUAAUGGUGCUUAUCGUCAUUUCUACAAAACUACUUUUCCCAAUCGAUGGUUUGAAAAGGUAUCCCACUACAGCUAAAGAGCCCGCUGUGCAGGUUAUGGAUUGGACCCUCUGGGCACGCGCCCAGAACAAUUUUGAUCAUGAUCAGCUGUUUGGGGGGAAAAUUGGGAAAAAGACUGCCAUUCAAAUCACAGACCAAGAUGUGUUGAACAUGACGUCUGCCCAGCUGGACCAUUACAUGGACUGGUACGAAAGCAAUUGGCUGGAUACUUCUAAGGAACCUAGUCGCAUCGCCGAAAUGUUUCCCAUCAGCCGGGCAGAGCAAGAUCUCCAACCAAUCUCUACUGCUGCCCCGGAACCAUCAUCUACUUCUGUCCCAGUUGAUCCAGCCCCUCCCCUUCCCCCUCUUACACCCCUUGCCUCGGAAACAUCCUCUGCUCCUGCUCCUGCUCCUGCUCCUGCUCCUGCUCCUGCUCCUGCCCCUGCCCCUGCCCCUCCUGAUACAACUCGAGAAAAGCUCGACCUUUUGCUACAAACAGUCAUGCAAACCCUUAGAACCAGAAGGGUCAUCCCUGAAGAUGAAGAAGCCGACCACAGGCGUCCCGGCGAGUGGUAUCACCGGUAUCGAUGGGAAUCACAUCUCAGCGGCCCCGCACGGACUUUUUAUGAGCUAGCAGCACAGCUUGCUGCAGUCCCAUUGAAAACUCUUGUCCGUGCUGUCACAGUUGUUGAGUUUAGGAUCGCACAGCAAGAUGAAGAGCGACAGAACAGAGAGUACUUCGCUAGUUUGGGAACAGAAGGAAUGGAUACCGACGAAAGCGAUGAAGACCACUCGUAUGGAAUAGCUGAUUUUGAAGAGGACAUGUAUGAUGCGGAGUCUGAAGAUAUGGACGACGAUGAUUUCAUGUCCACUUCAAAGAUGUGCUCCGCCUGGUACACAGCGACCGACAGCCGACAACAACGAAAACUCGCAACCAUGCAGAUUUUCGUCAAGACCCUGACGGGUAAGACCAUUACCCUCGAUGUCGAGUCGAGCGACACCAUCGACAACGUCAAGACCAAGAUCCAGGAUAAGGAGGGAAUUCCUCCUGACCAGCAGCGCCUGAUCUUCGCCGGCAAGCAGCUCGAGGAUGGCCGCACCCUGAGCGACUACAACAUCCAGAAGGAGUCCACCCUUCACCUUGUCCUGCGUCUCCGUGGUGGUAUCAUUGAGCCUUCCCUCAAGGCCCUUGCCUCCAAGUUCAACUGCGACAAGGCCAUCUGCCGCAAGUGCUACGUACGUUUACCCCCGCCUCUCCGUCUGCGCCCGAUGCUCGUCAAAAAAACCACCUUUUGUGACAAGGUCAUCAAUUACGUCAACACAUGCACUAACUCGAACCAACUACAGGCUCGUCUUCCUCCCCGUGCCACCAACUGCCGCAAGAAGAAGUGCGGACACACCAACCAGCUCCGCCCCAAGAAGAAGCUCAAAUAG